GAGAGACAUCACGUGAAAUGUGAUGAGUUUCUUAACCGAAAUGAAUGCUACUUUGCUUUGAAUGAAAUCUCCACGCCGAACCCCGUGGAUGAGACAAAAGUGAGAAAAGAAGAUAUUGAUACAAGUGAAAAUGAAUUGAACGAAAUACAUGAUGUGAGGGGUGAAGAGUUCAUGGAUUUCAAUGUGGAUUUAAAUGUGUUAGGUGAUCAUCGUGUACAUGGAGAUUCACCUAGUGAUCGAGAAAAAUCAUUGAACAACCAAGGUGAAACUCGUGAAUUGAAAGAGGAUGUGGUCUGCAAUUAUCGGGUCACCCAACAAAUCGGGAAUGCAUACGAUGACUCUGACAUAAAAAAUCAAUUGUCGCUGUUGAUUGCACGAGUAAGUAAUAUCGAGAGACAAGCAAAGUAUGUACAAGAUGACUUUUUCAUAAGAAAUCAAUUAUCAUUGUUUGGUGCACGAUUAAGUGGUUUCGAGCAACAAAUGACUCAGUUAAUGAAUACCAUGGGUGAGGUGCUGAUCCGAUGUGUCACCCGAUCUGCCAGUGGAGAUCAAUUUGGGGACCAGCCAAGUAGUCAAGAAAAUGUUGAUAAAUUCAAGGAUGUACUUAAAGAACUGAAAAUUUUAGAGUUAAAAAUUCCAUCAAUGAUAUGGGAUACAUGGGAUGUAAUAUGUCGCAAGGCAAACAAUGCACACAUAUCAUCAAACGUUACCGGACAAAAAAUCGAGGUAGAUACCGUAUUGAAAAAAAAAAUAGACGAAGAUACCGCGUUGAAGCAAAAAAUAGAGAAAGAUAUCGCAUUGAAGAAAAAAAUAGAGGAAGAUACUGCGUUGAAGCAAAAAAUAGAGGAAAAUACUGCGUUUAAGCAAAAAAUAGAGGAAGAUACUGUGUUGGCAAAAAAACUAGAGAAAGAUACCGUGUUGGAGAAACAAAUAGAGGAAGAUAUCAUUUACAUCCACGAAAAUGAACAACUUAUUAGCGCAAAAGAGAAAGAAAGUCCAAUAAACCCUAUAGGAGCAGACUUCGACGCCAUAAUCAAAUUCUUGUUUGAUCCAAACUUGGAUCAGAGUACUUGGGUGAUAAACUUUGGAGGACGAGGAUGCAACAGGAAGAACUUGAUGGGCUUGAAGCCUUGUGAAUUCAUAGAUGGAAUUGUGAUAGAUUGUGUAGCAUUUUUGUGCACACGAAAAAGUAUAGAGGGUAGAAUGGAAGAUGCUCGAUGGUACUUCCCCGCAAUAUUUGCCCAACUUUGUUUGACUGGAAAUUUUCCCGAUGAGCAUAUCAUAAACACCAUUGAUUAUUGUACAAGUCGAAUGGAUGAUUGUUAUCAGAUAUACUUACCAGUAAAUGAUCUCCGUGGUCACUGGUUCCUUGCAAUUAUUGACUUUGAUAACAAAGAGGUCAACAUUUGUGAUUCAGCAGCAUCGAGAGAAUCAAAUAAUUAUAGGAGAGAUUUACUCGAUCAAGUGAUUAUUCGAAUGGAGCAUUUGAUACAAAAAUGGAGACCAAAGGAGUACGCAAUAAAAAACAUAAAAGAUAGUUUCAGUUAUGAAUAUCCAGACUGGGUUCCUAGACAACCAAACGGGUAUAUAUAUAUAAUAAUAAUAAUAUGUUAA